AUGAGAGGUGUUGAGAAACAGGCUGUGAGGCAUACAUUUAAAAGUGUCAUACGCCAUGCGUUUGAAACAGGCGUGAGGCAUACGAUCAAAAUAGGCGUGAGUGAAGUGGAACGGCAAGCUCUCCUUCAAUUCAAAGCUGACUUAAAUUACUCUUCUCAUUCCCAUCCCUAUACAAAUCUGAGCUCGUGGGAGAACGGAGGAGAUCGCUGUCUCUGGGAUGGCAUUUCCUGUCAUAACACAACCCGUCAUGUUGUCAAUCUUGAACUACAGGGUGAUGAUUUCUUUGGAAUGGAUGCCGGCGUCAUAUCUGAGAGCUUGUGCACCCUCACUUCUCUUUCAACCAUCAUCUUAUCUAGAUUGGGAUUAAAAGGUACUCUUCUUCCCUGCUUCACAAAUCUCUCUUCUCUCACACUACUGGAUCUAUCUUAUAACAUGUUGAGUGGGAGUAUUCCAUUGUCUUCUUCUCUUGCUGUCCUUUAUUUAGCACAUAACAUUUUAGAAGGUGAAACUGUCCUCACUACUAUUUGUAUGCUCAGCAAUGUUAGUGAUGUUGACCUUUCUGGCAACCAGCUGAAUGGAAGCUUACCAUCCUGUCUGGGUAAUCUCUCUUCUCUCACACAACUGGAUCUAUCUUACAAUUGGUUGACUGGGAAUAUUCUGUUGUCUUCUUCUCUAGCUGUCCUUCAUUUGUCCUCUAACAAUUUGGAAGGUGAAACUGUCCUCAGUUCUCUUUGUAUGCUCAGCAACCUUACCGAGGUUGAUCUUUCUGACAACCAGCUGAAUGGAAGCUUACCAUCCUGUCUUGGUAAUCUCUCUUCUCUCACAGAACUGCACCUAUUUAAUAAUAGGUUGAGUGGGAUUAUUCCAAUGUCUUCUUCCCUUGCUGGACUUGAUUUGACCAAUAACAAUUUGAAAGGUGAAACCGUCCUCACUACUAUUUGUAUGCUCAGCAACCUUAGUGAUGUUGACCUUUCUGGCAACCAGCUGAAUGGAAGCUUACCAUCCUGUCUGGGCUCUACUGAUACAGAACAACCGAGUGGAUCAUUCCCUCCCUCAUUAUCAAAUUGCACAGUAUUAUAUUUGUUAGAUGUUGGGCAAAACUUCUUCAAAGGCCACAUUCCAAAAUCAAUUGGAAACCUUUCAGAGCUGAAGGUGUUAGCAAUGAGGAAAAAUAAUUUUGAAGGUAACAUCCCUGCAGAAAUAGGGCAGCUGAAGAACCUACAAAUCUUGGAUCUUUCUUCAAAUCUACUUUCAGGUUUGGUACCAAAUAUCAUUUUUAAUUUACAAGCAAUGUUGGUAGAAACCCAUGAGGAAUUUUCUGAGGUUCUACUUCCAAUGGAGUUGCAGACGUUCAAAAUAUACUACAUGUAUAAGAAUGGAUUGACUAUGUAUUCUAAAGGUAGAGAUGAGCACUACACAUAUAUUUUUCCCACCAUGAAGGUCAUAGAUCUUUCAAGCAAUCAAUUGAAUGGGGUUCUUCCAUCUGAUUUAGGAAAAUUGAAGGGAUUGAAGUUGCUCAACCUUUCCAUGAACAAUUUUAGUGGUGCUAUUCUAAAUAGUAUAGUGCAAUUGACUUGGCUAGAAUCAUUAGACAUUUCUACAAAUCAUUUUUCUGGACAGAUUCCUCCAGAUCUUGGUUCUUUGAGCUACUUGGGAGCCCUUAACUUUUCCAAUAACCACCUUUCAGGCAGUAUACCACAAGGAGGACACAUGGCAACAUUUAAUGAAUCAUCGUAUUCAGGCAAUAUAGAUUUAUGGGGUUGUCCACUUCCAAAGAAAUGUUCCUGGCCAGAAUUUGCUACUAGUCCUCCUCCCAUUUCUACAUCUAUUAAUGAAGAAGAGAAAAGCGAGGAAAGUGUGGGGUACGACAUUGGAGUUGGAUUGUCAUAUGUAGCAGGUUUCACAGCAGUGCUGGAAGAUGAUCUAAUGCCUACUAAUUCUGCUAGUUGCAAUGUGGAAAGAUAUUUGGUUGCACAAGUUAAAGAGAAAGAUGAAAGGGUGAUUGCCAGUGGAUUCUCUCACCACAUGACAGGUGAUAAGAAUAAGUUUGUGAGUUUGGAAAAAUAUGAAGGUGGUGUUGUAAGGUUUGGUGAUGAUAAAGUUGGUAUAAUUCAUAGUAGAGGAUCCAUUUCUCUUGAUGAUUCAGGGUGCCCUUCUGUUACUCCUGUGACUUUGGCUCCUCCUGUUGGUGAUGGCUUUGGGUGGCCUUCUACCACCACCUCCAAGUUUCCCCACUUGGCUUGGGAGAUUUCGCCUCCCAGGCGGGAGAAAGGAGAAGUUGAGAAAGAUCCUAAUGAUGGGUGGUCUAUGCUGGACCCAACUCCUGACCUCGCUGAUGUAUGGGGCAAGAAAGAUGAUCCAGAUCCUCCUCCCUCGGCUACCUUUGCUUUGGUUGCUUGA